AAGAGACUAAUUUAUAUCCCAAGUUUGAUGUAACUAACUACUUAACUAGAUUUGGCGAAAGUCCUCAACCGCGCUGGAUGUUUCGAAUGCCAUCAUUGCGCACGCUCCGUUUCUAGAAAAUGACUGAUGAGACCGAUUCUCGUUUCAUUCGUACGAUAAACAGGUUCUUCGAUUGGGUAGCGGAUGACGAAGAAGAGGAUGAAGAGAUCGUGAGAGUACACGUAGAACAUUACAUACACGACAGAUCUAUAAAAGAACGUCUCUACAUCUUCAUGAUUCGCGACUUGACGACUAGUUUCUGGCUUAGAUUGCUCCGAUUUUUUGUGAAAUUUGCGUCUUGUAUUCUGUUUGUGGCUGUGGCUAUAACAGGAAAACCUUACUGUGCUGAAGAUGGGUUGACUGACGCCGAGCCGAGAGAGAACUGCAGUGAGUAUCUCAACUUGGUUUGGGUCGAAAGACCCAUAUACUUCUGGGGAUUGCAGUUUGUUGUUGCUGUUCUGUGUCUACUGGAAUCUGCUCUUCUCAUCUACAUUCAUUAUUCGGGAGGCAAGAUAUGGGCUGUAUUUGACAUCUACAUUGUGCUUGACAUCUUGGUUGGAGUUCCAUUUUUGUUACCAAUAUUUUAUUGGCCAUUGUGGAAACUUUGGGUGCCAUCAUACCUCAAUUGUUGGUCUGCUAAGUAUGUCAUUGAAAGAAUGUUUUUUGAUCUCCAUCGGUCAAGCCAAAGCCAUCGCUAUGCUCGUGAACGGAAGCUGCUCAUGUUGUUACUUACUGUUGUCUGUCUGAUGUUUACAAGCGCAUGUACUAUUCACCAUUUGCAGAAGGUUGAUAAGCCUGGUGAACGCUGGGACUUCUUUGUCUCAAUUUGGUUUAUUGUGGUGACAUUCAGUACAGUCGGCUAUGGGAAGAUUGCUCCUGAGAUGUGGUCCAGCAGACUGUUUGUUAUUAUCAUCAUCAUUGUGGCUCUUGUUGUUGUACCCAAACAGGUGAAUGAUUAUCUUGAAAUUCGCAAGUCUCAGAAACAGCACGGAGAAGCAACUGCAUUUGCCCUUGCUGGACGUCAUGUUGUUGUAUGUGCUACAGAGUUACGGCAAUCAGACUUGAGAGACUUUCUAGCUGAAUUCUUUGCUUACAAAGAGAAAGUGCAGGAAUUCACUGUUGUUGUUCUUUCACCUAAUGAAUUGAGUGAAGAACUGAAGCUUCUAAUUCAAGUGCCGUUGUGGUCAAAACGUGUUCUAUAUCUACAAGGCUCUGCUCUUAAAGAGCAAGAUUUAUUGAGAGCCAGAGUACGUGAUGCUGAGGGCUGUUUUCUGUUGGUGAACAGGAGAACUUCUGAUAGAGAUCGAGCUGAUCAGCGUACUGUGUUACGAGCAUGGUCUAUUUAUGACAUUGCUCCAGACACGCCUCUCUUUGUGCAAAUUCUGAAGCCAGAAAACAAGCCACUUGUUUCAUUUGCUAGUCAGUUUGCUAGUUGUUGUUUUAUUGCCAAUGUGCAUGUCGACUGUUUGAUUGCUGCAGAUGCAGUGUUGUGUGAAGACCAACUUAAAUAUUCUUUGCUGGCCAACAAUUGCUACUGCAAAGGGAUUUCAACACUUGUAACUAUUCUUCUCCAUACAUCUAGAGAAAAAGCUGGUUCACGUGCGAUUCCUUGGCAUAAACUAUAUGGUAGCUGUUCUGGAAAUGAGAUAUACAGUGUUGUGCUGGGGGAUAGUCGAGUUUUCAGAACAUUUGCUGGAAAGAACUUUUUGUUUACUUCAGUCAUGUCCCGUCGCAAAUAUGGAAUCACUCUUAUUGGUGUUCGUCGUGGAAGUUCAAAUGACAUCCUUCUAAAUCCAGGUCGCCGUUUUGUGCUACACUUUGAUGAUGUGUGUUACUACCUAUCUAUUGCUCGAGAGGAGAACUCAAAGUUUAUUACGGAGCAAGAAGCUCUGCCUCAUGUUAGGCCGGCUUUGAGACGAACUCUUGCUUUUGCUGGUACUUUGGCAGUGGACAUGACGAUGUUAAAUAAUAUCUCAGAAAAUGCAGAGCAGGAUGUAAUCCAAGGAAGAGAAACAUCUGCUAUGGAAACAAGUUCAUCACAUCCUCAUGAAAGAGAAGGCUUACAGUCUUACUGCCAAUAUGUAAAAGCAUCUAUCCCUGAUGAUUCUGCUCUUCCAUCAGAUGAAGUUGUUAGAGAUUUGCAUCGCUUGAGAGCCUUAGCAGUAGGGAAGGGAUCAGGAGCAGGAAAGAAAAACAAGACUAAGAGAGAAGUAGAGCACUUUGAGGGUCCUAAUGUUGAUAAUGUGAAGCAAACUACGGGAGUUGUAAGUUCACUAAUUACAUCAACGAUGCACUUUGGAAUGACUGCAGUACCUACUGCUGUGAAUGCUGGACAACGUGAUGACACAGAAGUUCAUGAUGAAAUUGUUGAAAUAGACAGGGUCACCCACACAGAUGUCAGCCAUAUCUCAAGAGACUUUCAUGGAAUGGAUGCACUGGAUGUAAAAGCAGAAGGCCAGCGAAGGAAACAGGAUUUUCUUUAUUUUCCUAGUCAUCCUGCUGCUCACCAUGGUAGUCUUGCAUCUCUUUCAAGUGGGCAUGGCUCUGACAGGGCAAGUCGAGCUAGUAGUAAAAAACUCAGUCAUGGUGGCAGUCAAAGUUCAGUGGCACUUCCACCCAGUGUUAUUGCUCCUGUGGCAUUAGACGAUGUGAUAGAAGAGCAUGAAGAGUUAUCUGAUGAUGAGAGGGAGGAGCUUCAAGAUCUUGAAGUAGGAAGUUUGUCAGACAGUUCAGGCAUAGUUGAUGAUCUUCCACAACCAGAAGCAGGCAUUCCAUGGGUUUCACCAAUGGAGUACCGCAAGGGUGUACCAUCACAGGUACCUUACAUCGGCAUGCAACCACUGCAGUGUUACCUGCUGCCAGAAACAACACCAUUGUGUUGUUUGCAUCUCACUAAGCCUUGUGAGCACACUGAAGAUAACCAAUCAGUUAUGACCAACUGGAAGACUGGAAGUGUUAUUAUUAGUGGAUCAUACACAUGCAAUGGAAUAUAUCACUUCAUAUUGCCGCUUCGUGCUCACUACAUUCCUCGUUGUACCCUCAGGCCAAUAGUUCUCCUUCUUGAGAAUGAACCAGACCAGAGAUUUCUUGAAGCCAUAUCAUGUUUUCCACAAAUUUAUUAUUUGAUUGGGUCUCCUAAUGAUAUUGAUGACCUACUAAGAGCUGGAAUCUUAUGUGCUCAUACUAUUGUUGUUGUACGGAAUUAUGAUGUUGCAUCAGAAGACCCAAUGGCUGAUGCCGGGAACAUCAUUGCUUUGCAGAAAAUAUUCAGGAUAUUUCCUGAAACUAAUGUAGUGACCGAACUUUCAACUCGUCAAAACAUACGCUUUACAAAGUUCAGAUGGAGUUGGACAGUUGGACAGAAAGUAGAAUGUGAUAAUCCUUUGUCUUCUGCUUCAAGAACACGCUAUGAAAGAGUAGGGAUGAAAUGCGCUCGUGUUGCACCUGCGUCACUCAGUAGAGAUCACAUGACUUACAUGUUUCGUCCAGCCUUUGCUGCUGGCAAUGUUUUUACUGCGAGCAUGCUGGAUACUUUGCUAUAUCAGAGCUAUGUAAAACCUUGGAUAAUCCCCCUUGUGGAGCAGCUGCUUGGAUGUAGACAGGUUAAUGGAUCUGGGUUUCUUUGGCAGAUACCUGUAGAUGGUAGUCUUGCUUCCUUGAAGACUUAUGGACGUGUUUGCCAACGUUUGGCUCAGAAAUUUGGCUUGUUGGUGUUUGGUGUUUAUAGAACUGUACAGAAUGAUCAACGUCAGCAAAGGAUUGAUACCAGAAUGCCAUCGUCAUGUGAAAAAGUGCUGAAAGAUAGAAUGCAGUAUCUUGGCAUCAGUGGAGAACCACCAGAGAGACGUGAACGUGGUGACAGUUUUGUAUUAGUAAAUCCAAAACCAGAUCUUCAAAUGCAAUCAGGAGAUCGUUUAUACGUAAUUUGCCCUGGGAAAUAUGUUGUCUCUGAUAAUCCUGAUGAUGAGCCAGGCAUUGGAGCAGCAGAUGAGCAUGCUCUUGGUGGUGAUAUGCCAGUACUACCCAGUUUUGAACCAUUCGAUGUUGAACUGAAGGGAAAGGAAAGUCCCAGGUCUUCUAGACUGAUGUGGACAAUCAGCCGUUUCCUAUUUAGACGUCAGCGUCCACGGAACACUGCUUCUAAAAAUAAAAUUGAAAAACUAGAAGAAGAACGACAAUAUGAAGAGCAGGCAUGGUCUGAAGAAAAGCAAAGAUCUGUUGGAAUGUACUCUGCGACGGCAGUAUAAGUCAUCACUUUUAGCACUAUAGUGCCAUACACUAGCAGACUCGUUGACCAUUUUGAUUUCUAUUGAAAUGUACGGUUUGUGCAACCAUUGGAUUUCUUGUUUUUUACACUGUACUAAGUUUUAAGUCACAAAAGAUAAAAGUGGUUGUCUAG